AUGAAGAUCGCCAUCAGUUUGUUGGUGUUUGCCAUAUUGGCAGUGUAUGUGGUGGAUGCGCGCAAUAAAUCGUUCGAGGAGGACGAUGAUUCCGUUGCGUCGAUUGAUAUUGCCAAGGGAUGGAUGAAAAUUUACAUCAAGGUGAUACCUAACGGGCUGAAACGGAAAUGGAAAACGACCACACGACCCCCAACGAGGGCGGCUGCCCGAAUAACUACUAAGUCAAGGCUUCCUCCAGGAGUAGUCACAAAAACCACAAAGAAGCUUACAACGACGCGCCGCAAUUAUGUUACAAUGCCAACCAUUCGUUUGACGACUAAGUCAGGAGGAUUGACAGUAACUACUUCCAAAGUAAUGACAACAACGGGGAAAUUGUUUACAACAACAAAGCCGAUGUCUACCACCACGUCCAAAACAUCAACACCUGUGAUAUCCACAACGACUAAGCCAAUCUCUACAACUACGAAGCCAACAGCCGCUCCUACUACAACGGUCAAAGCAACAACUUCAGCCACUACUGUUGCUACAACAACGACUAAACCAACGAGUACUUCCACAACUGUUCCAACAACGACUACUAGACCUACAACUACCUCAACGACUGUACCGACAACUACUUCCACCACUACUGUUCCAACAACAACGACUAAGCCUACAACUACUUCAACUACUGUUGCACCAACAACUACUUCCACCACUACUGUUCCUACUACAACGACUAAACCUACAACUACUUCAACCACUGUUGUACCAACAACGACUGCGCCUACAACUGCUUCUACCACUACUGUUCCCGCAACAACGACUAAAACAGCCACAACUGCACCAUCUGUCAGUACAUCUGUUACAACGGUUCCUGCCUCAACAUCUACCGCUGCCAGCAGCAGGAACGGUAUCCUGAAUGCCCCUGGAGGAAAUACUGAUAUCUCCACUACCACCGCGUCCACCACGACGAAGGCUCAGGUCAGUACCAUCUCUAAUACCAACAGCAUACAAAAAACUACUCCAAUGACGGAUUAUGUUGAUCCUUUCGCUUCUCUGUCAACAUCCGGCUCACUCAUCGCCACCACAACCAUCCUCAACAGAGUGCUGAUGCCUACUCCUACGACUACGGAGAGUACUCCAGCUACUAAGGACGUGCAAGGCAAUGAUGCAUUAAGCUCGGUAGAAUAUUAUUACGAUGAUGAGGAACAGGAUGUGGAGCUAGUCAUCUCUAUCCCAGGCGCCACUGGCAGCACAACACCGAGUGGAGUUAAGGAAGAAGACCGUUCCCAGGGAGGCGAAGCCAAUGUGUACGAUGAGAUUGAGCGGUAA